ACGGCGGCGAUGAAGCUGAAGCAGCUUGAAACCCUCCUCGGCUCCCUCCACCAAUUCGAGUCCCCAAACGUGGAACUCGAGCAGUAUCCAACUGGUCCCCACAUCGCAGCCCGAAUGCUGUACACUGCCGAGAACUCAUUCGGUGACCUCGCAAACAGAACUGUGGCCGACCUGGGCUGUGGCUGCGGCACUUUGGGCCUGGCCGCGAGUCUCCUGGGGGCCCACCAUGUCUUGGGCCUCGAUAUCGACCCAAAUGCUAUCCAAACAGCAUCUGCCAAUGCUGAGGAGCUCGAAAUUGACAUGGAUUUUGUCCAGUGCAAUGUUCUCAGCUGGCGGCCGCCUGUCCCGGGGUAUGUGGACACUGUUGUGAUGAACCCACCGUUUGGGACGAGAAGAAAAGGGGCUGAUAUGGAGUUUUUGGCUGUGGGUUUAAGGGUUGCCUCGCGUGCGGUUUAUUCUUUGCACAAGACUUCGACUAGGGAGCAUGUGAAGAGAAGGGGUUUGGGGGAGUUUGGGGCGAGUCGGGCUGAGGUGGUUUGUGAGCUGAGGUUUGAUGUGCCGAGGAUUUAUAAGUUUCACAAGAAGAAGGAGGUCGAUGUGGCUGUGGACUUGUGGCGUUAUCUCGAGCAAUUGACACAAGAAAGAGUUUGGAUGACGCGGGCAAAUCUUUUUGCUAAUGAAGCUGGUGUCGGCUUUUGUUCAACGAGAAUGAGGGCGUUGCUUGAUUUUCUUUACAUCUUUUUCCAAGUGUGGCAUUAAUUAUUUUUUGUUUAUGCAUUUCUUAUUUAGGUAUUGUGUCUUAGAUCAUUAUUGUCUAAUAGGCUUGGUUGCUUAUAUGUCGCCCGUUUGUUUAUAAAUUAUUUGGAAUUAUUUAUUAUUAUUAUUUUUUUUUUGUUAUUAUUAUUAUUAUUUUUAUUAUUAUUAAAUGUCU